GGGGCCGCGCCGCUCCGCCCGGCCUCCUCCGCUCCGCGCAGCUCCGCGCCCCGUGCCGCCGGCAGAGCCGGCCGGGCGGCGGAGCCGCGGCUCGAACCGGCAUGGGGACCUUAGGGAAAAGAAGAGAAAAUCAGCAAUCUGCUCAAGCAUGCAGCACUGCCCCUGAAUCAGCACUGGAGCUAAAGCAGACCAGUCACUGUCCCAGCCUCUCAAAUCAUACUCAGGUCAUGAUGGUGCCAUUGGGGCAUCUAGCCAAAGGAGCCACUUUGGAAGAUCUUCUUGAAACCUGCAUUCAGUCUUUUGAUUUAGAAGGAAAUGCAUAUCAAAACAACCAGCUGCUAAAGAUAAUUCUUGCCAUGCAUCAGUUUAUCAUCUCCUCUGCAGACAUGCUUCAGAAACUCAUUGAUCUCUAUCUUAAUGCUUUAGAAAAUAACUCUUCCAUGCUGUGUGUAAAGAUAUGCUAUUUUGUGAGGUAUUGGAUUACAGAGUUCUGGAUUAUGUUCAAAAUGGACUCUAAACUAUCCACAACUAUGGAGGAAUUUCAAGAGCUGGUUAGAGCUAAUGGUGAGGAGUUACACUGUCGUCUAAUUGACACAUCUCAAAUCAAUUCUAGGGAUUGGUCUAGAAAGCUGACACAGCGUGUAAAGGCCAACACCAGUAAGAAACGGAAAGUCUCGCUUCUCUUUGAUCACCUUGAGCCAGAGGAGCUGUCAGACCACCUUACCUAUCUUGAAUUUAAGUCUUUCAGAAGAAUAACAUUCUCAGAUUAUCAGAACUACAUUGUGAAUAGUUGUGUGAAAGAGAAUCCAACAAUGGAAAGAUCAAUUUCUCUUUGCAAUGGUAUCUCUCAGUGGGUGCAGCUAAUGGUCCUCAGCAGACCAACACCACAGCUUCGGGCUGAAGUGUUUAUCAAGUUCAUUCAUGUUGCACAGAAGCUCCACCAGCUGCAGAAUUUCAAUACAUUAAUGGCAGUGAUAGGAGGUCUCUGUCACAGUUCCAUUUCCAGGCUUAAGGAAACAAGCUCAUGUGUUCCUCAUGAUGUAAUUAAGGUGUUUAAUGAAAUGACAGAACUGCUUUCAUCCUACAGAAAUUAUGAUAGUUACCGACGGGCCUAUAACGAGUGCAGUAACUUUAAGAUCCCAAUCCUUGGGGUCCACCUGAAAGACUUGAUAUCACUUUAUGAGGGCAUGCCGGACUACUUGGAGGACAAAAAAAUUAACAUAUACAAACUAUACUCCUUGUAUAACCACAUAAAUGAGUUGAUACAACUCCAGGAAAUGCCACUUCCCCUGGAGGCUAAUAUGGACCUUGUUCAUUUGCUUACACUGUCCCUUGACCUUUACUACACAGAAGAUGAAAUUUAUGAGCUUUCAUAUGCACGAGAGCCACGAAGUCACCGAGCUGCUCCUUUGACACCCUGCAAACCACCAGUAGUUGCAGACUGGGCCUCAGGAGUGGCUCCAAAACCUGAUCCAAAAACCAUCAGCAAACAUGUUCAGAGGAUGGUAGAUUCUGUCUUCAAAAAUUAUGACCAUGAUCAGGACGGAUAUAUCUCCCAGGAAGAAUUUGAAAAGAUAGCUGCCAGUUUUCCAUUCUCAUUUUGUGUAAUGGCAAAGGACUGGGAAGGUCUGAUUAGCAGGGAUGAAAUAACAGCUUACUUUAUGAGGGCUAGCUCAAUCUAUUCCAAAUUAGGACUUGGCUUUGCUCACAACUUCCAAGAGACCACUUACUUAAGGCCUACUUUCUGUGACAACUGUGCUGGAUUUCUAUGGGGAGUCAUUAAACAAGGAUACAGAUGCAAAGACUGCGGAAUGAACUGUCACAAGCAGUGCAAAGACCUGGUGGUGAUAGAGUGCAAGAGAAGACCCAAAACUUCAGUUGCAGACAGCAGCCCAACAUCUGCUCUUGCAUCAAGCCUCUGCCCAGUAGGAGUAAAAGAGCAAUUCCAUGGACAAGAAGAAGGAUCAUUCACCUUUCCUAACGGGGAAGUAGUGGAACACAGUGAAGGCAGCAAGGACCGAACCAUUAUGCUCAUGGGUUCCUCGGCUCAGAAAAUCUCAGUGAGACUGAAACCUGCUGUGGUUCAUAAAGGUACACAGACUGAUCCUGUACUGCUGGCUGGUGAUGUAUCUCGUAAGCGGAGAGAGAAGAAAGAACAUAGGAUGCCAGAAAAUCCUUAUCUCCAGACAACUCCACUAUCCACAUUUCCAAGCCCACUUCUAGGCCGCAAAAAGGCAUUUGUUAAAUGGGAAAACAAGGACUCCAGCCAGAAAAUGAAGGAGGAGCAUCACAGCUGUAAACCCUCAUACCAGGAACUUGAGCAGGAAAGAAAUAUUCUAAAGGCAGACAAUGAAGGUUUGAAGAUCCAACUGGAACAGGCACAUAAAAAAAUUGAAUCUCUCACAAUCCAGAGAAGAAACCACGUAGUUGACAGUCUACAACACAGAGACUGCUCCUAGCAGAUGAAAAUCUUCUGCAGAAGAAUGUAAGACUGAAGGAGGGGCUAUGAUAAAGCUGCUUUACCAAGUGAACUGGAGAGAGAGUCUGAAGGAUGUUAAGCAGAAAUGUUCUCUUCACUCAACACAUUUCCCUAUUAAACAUACAUUCCUAAACACAAAAAUCCAUUCCUUUGACUUUUUAAGGUAAUUUAGCAUUAUUUGUGCAAUGAAAAUAGUACCUUCUGGGUUUGCUUUUAAAAGGAGUGCGAGUGUUGCUGAAGUCCCUGUUCAUGUUGAAGACCACGUGGAUUCCCCAGUGACUUGGCUGCCAGCAGCACACCUUAAAUCUACAAGUGUUCUGACAAAGUAGCUGUUCAUAAGACUGUGUCACCUCAAAUUUAGCCCAAAAUCAGUUUUGUAGAAAAGAAAUGUUCAAUAAAGCUGAGGAAGUAAAGCUGUAGAAAUACUACAUUAAGAGAAACAGCUCCUUCUCACCGGGGCUGAAACCAAUUAAAAUCAUGAACUGUCACCUUUAUUUCCAAAGCUUAACAAGAACAUUAAAAUAAGUAGUUAAGCUAAUGAUAUUUGAUUGAGUCUUAAACUUUAAGAUAAACUGACAAUUUUUUUAAACCUCUUUCAGAGCUUUAGAAGUUCUGCUGCUCAAACACUUACCUUUAUUAAGGUAAAAUAACUGAGACUAGAGACUCAACAUUGAAUACUGCUUCCAUUUUUGCAUUCCGUGCCAUGACUUGGAACACUUAGUCCUACUUAUUUGGCUUAAGGGAUAAGUUCUUGUCCCCAUACAGUUGAUAUGGGACAAGGCUGAUUAUUUUUCUCUCAUGUCAAAGUGGAUGCCAUGGUUGAGUAGAACCUUUAGAGCCAUAAUACAAGUGAAACUGUAGAGUAAUCCCAGUGCAACAGCUACUGUAUUCCAGAGCUCCUAACAAGGUUUCUCCAUUUUCUCUCUCCUAGAUUUCACAUGCACUUUACAUAGAGUCAAGAUGAAGUGUGCUCUUAUGUCUGUAAAUUUUGUAUAGUAAAAGGUGUGAGGGAAGUAAUUUAAAGAUGCAGUGUACAUAUUGUUAAGAAACAACAAAAGUGUCUUUCAAGUUACUGAUAAAUCUACUUGUCAGAACAGCCAAAUUUAAAAUUGCAUUUGCAUUUCAAGAGAAUCUGUACACUUACAGUUGUAUAAAACUUGCUUGCAUUUAUCAGAGAUUUGUCAUCACACGUAUAAGCAUCAGAAACAAAGUCCACUUAAUGCUCCUCAAAACUCCUGUUACCAAGUCCUUCAUAGAUAAAAAUUUAGUCAACCUAUAACAAUAGCAUGUGUGCUUUGUGUUCAAAUGUAUAAUAUGUAUAAAUAUACAUUCCAUUCACAAUUUACAGUCACAAUUAAGUACAUGAAUGCUGCAUUUAUAAAGAAAGUUAAUUUGAAACUACCUGCCAGUUUAGUGAUUCUUGAUCUGAAGAGACUGGAUUGUGCUUGCAACUCCAUGUAUAAGUAAAAACAAAUGGAUGGAAAGAGUAGUAGUAGUAGAUUUUCUGUUACAUUACUGUAAAUAACUGAAAUGCAUAGGAAAAAAACCAGAAGCUCUGAAGAUUGUGCAGCUUUUUCCUUUCCUCAUACACUAAACCUGAACUAUUAACAGUAACAUGGAAUUGCACUUUGAUCAGUAAAGCAAUCAGAAUGGCUUUCAGGUCAUGCCUGCAAACUUGGUUUGCCCAUUUUCUGUAAGUUUCUUGAUUUUGUCCUCUAAUUCAGGGAACUACACCAAGGUGUAUUUCUAAUAGGCAUUUAGCAAAUAAAAGUCUCUUUCUGCAAUAAUUAAAUGAGAUAAAAGUUGAAUAUAUUUUCACAUAUUUCAAAAAUACUCCAAAAGAGCAGAUAAGACUCAUAAAACUUGUGCAGCCAAGGUAAAUGUUCACUUGUGGUCUAAACUCUAGAUUCUAAUUGAAUUCUUGUGUAUGCAUAUACUUUGUCUAUGAUUGAAGGUGGAGAUCAUGAACAAAACCUCUUGUUUAAAAGAAAAAUUCUCUAACAUCAGCAGCUGACCCAAAGGCUACUGUGUAACUAGGUAGAGUAUUUAAUACUCAAAAUUGAGUUAUGACCAUAGACUUGUACAGUCUUAAGUGCUAACGAUGUUUUUCCAUUGUCUUCUUGUUCAGUCUGAAUAACUUAAAGAGAUCUGUCUGCAGGAAUGUCUUAGAAAACAAGUGUGCUGAAAAAUUCCUGCUGCAAAAAAGUCAGCUGAUAUCUGGAGAAUUUCAGAGCUCUCUAAGUACCUUCAGGCUCUCUGUUUGCCCAAAGCCAUUUACAGUUUUUUCUCCCUCUCUUGUAUUUUUUUUUAAAUGGUGUGAGUCCUUUCUUUUGAGACUUCCUUUUUCCUGCAUGAAGGACUAAUAGUGGAACCUAACCACAGGGAAACUGUUAAAACUGACAAAGCUACCAACAAAAAUCACUUGCAUUGGUGUUAAUCUUCAAGGUGCUUUAUGUUAGGAAAAAAGAUACAAUUAAAAGUGCUGUUUAAAAGUCAUGGUAGCAAACACUGAUACUGAAAUUUAUCUUGUCAUGGCUAAUUUAAAUGAAAAACUCACCUUUUUCCUUCUCUAGGUUCAGCUGCACAUACAAGAAGACAGAAAGAACAAGCACCAGUCCCCCAUCCCUCAUUUACUUUUUAGGUGUGCAUUCUGGUAAUUUAAAGUAAAUAGAUUGAGUAAUACUACAAUUAACAAGGCAGGGCUACUGUUCAUAUUCAGGUUAAACACAACCACUUUUACAUUAGCUUAUAUAUGUUUUUGGAACUAUGUGUUUGUUCAGUAGCAUCUGUUAUUUUGUUAUAAUUGAUCUCUGUGGCAACUAGAAAAAUUUAAAAUGCUGUCUGAGAAGACUGAAAAUGUACAGAUUGUAAAGAUUUUAUAUAAAGUGUAAGAUUUUGGUUCAAUAUUUAUAAUAGAAAAAAAAUUAAAAUUGGAUUUCGUGCCUCUGA